AUGGCCUCCCGCAGCGCGGGCACCCUACUGACUGAGUUUAAUGCCUCCUACGUGCCCCCCAGCCUCAUGCCCGGGUACCAAGGCCACGUUCCAGGGCUGGCUUUCUCCUUCGGGGCCCCCUAUGGCACCGCCACCCUCAAGUACUUCCAGGACCACCGCAACACAGCCCUGGAGAAGAGCCACACUCCCCUCUGCCAGGGCGGCCACUUCCCGACCAUCUACUCCCCAAACCCCAACCUCGUGCUGGCCUCCCGCGCCUGGGAACGCCAGCUGCGCACCCCGACUGUCACCCGCUUCAACCUGGACAGCGACCGCUCCACCCAGCUUAUCCGCUUCUAUCAGCUGGCACAGCAGCAUCGGAUGAACUAUCAAGACAAGACCGGCAUGGUGCCCCGGGUCCCCUACUUCAUGCUGCCUGUGAGGGAGUGGGACCGGUACCCCAUCCCCACUGAUCUGCCUCCUCUGAGCCCGAAAGACAAGUGGCAUCUUUUAAGGGUGUCCCCUGAGAACCUGAAGACCUACCAGACGUUCCCAUCGGGGAAGCGGGUGUCCCCACAGGAGCGGCAGAGGAGGGACUGCUACUUUGAGUUCAGAGCCUGACAGCCGAGGA